UUUUGUUUUUGUUUUUUGCUUUUUUGUUUAUUUUUGGUUGAGAAAAUGAUGAAUAAACUUUUACUAUUAUUCAUCACCAUUAUCAAUGUGAUUGAAAUGUUGAAUGGUCAGAUUAACAAUGUUUAUGAUCGUCAAUUAUUUUGGAAAAAAACUGAUCCUAAAAAUUAUGAUUUUAGAAUUCCACCCAAAACAGAUCAAAACGAAAUGGAAAUUGGACUGAAAUUAUUACAUUUUGGUCCGGUUGAUGAGAAAAAAUCACAAUAUACAGUUUUGAUUCAUGUUUAUACAAUAUGGAAUGAUCAACGUCUUUCAAUAUCAAAUCAAACAGCCGAUAAUUCAACUGAUCAAAAAUCAUAUUUAGAUGUUGAUUGGAGUGAUAUUGUUCGUAUUUGGAGACCAUCCAUACAUUUUUCAAAUGCUGUACCAUUUACAACUGAUAUUCUGAAUGAUAAAUUACCCGGGCAAAUUUCCGGUACAAUACGCAGUGAUGGUCGUGUUUCAUUGAUCAAAAAAACAGAAUUAACAGCAAGCUGUAAAUUUAAUAUAAAAUUUUAUCCAAUGGAUAAACAACAAUGUUCAAUUGAAAUUGAAUCAAGUUCAUUAACAACAAAAAAUUUACAAUUAUUUUGGCUUGAUAAACAACCAAUCGAUAUACCGGAUAAUUUUAAAUGGGCAAAUUUUGAUUUAAAAAAUUUAUCAACACAUUCGGGACAAAUAAAUUAUCAUGAUAAUGGACCAUUUAAACGUUUAGCAGCAACAUUUGAAUUACGUCGUCAUAUGACAUAUCAUUUAUUUAAUGUUUAUCUACCAUCAACAUUGUUUGUCAUUAGUUCAUGGUCAUCAUUUUGGAUACAUAUACCGGCUGCACCGGCACGUGUUGCAUUAGUUUUAACAACAAUGUUAACACAUGUAACCAGUACAAAAGCAAUACAUGAUCAAAUUCCACGUACAAAAUUUAUUAGUUCAUUAGAUAUUUGGAUUAUAAUGUGUACAAUGUUUAUAUUUGCUGCUAUUAUUGAAUAUUCAACGGCAAAUUAUUUCUAUACAAAACCGGCACGUAUACAGGAUAAAGCUUUACAACGACGACGACGACAAUCGCAACAACCACAACAACCGCAUUCAUCAUUGGAUAUGAACAAUAAUAAUCGCCCGGAAUCAUCGGCAAGUAAUAAAAGUAGCAAUAUGGCCUUAUUCGGCUAUUAUUGGCAUGAUACAUGGACAAAAAUAUUACCACCAUUUAAAAAUGAUGAAAAUUUUAAUGCAAAAAAAGUUGCACUUGAAAUUGAUCGUCGUUCACGUUAUAUAUUUCCAAUUACAUUUUUAUUAUUUAAUAUUUUUUAUUGGACAAUAUUGGCUAUUUAUUCGGAUCAAAUUGAAUGA